UAAAUUCCGAAAUUCAGUGAAGAGCCAACAUGAAAAUGGACCAAGUGACCGAGCGAUUAAUUGAAGAAGUGAGGAAAUACAGCCAUCUGUAUGACUCCUCUUCGGGAGAUUACAAAGACUGCCAGAUGGCAGCGAAUUCGUGGAGGGAGAUUUCCUCCAACGUCGAUUUAGAUGUAGCGGAGUGCAUGAAGAGAUGGAAAAACUCUCGAGACAAGUACGUUCGUCUCCGUAAAAAACUCACCACAAGGAGCGGGGAUCCAGGAGGGAAAAAAAUCCCAGCGUUUUAUUUAUUCCUAUCUUGGCUGGCACCUCAUGUCAAACAUCGGUUUACGGAGUCAAACUUUGACGAUAAGGAUGGGACUGAUACCAGCUCAAACUCCACUGGUUUAUCGGAUGUGAGACCUCCAGCCAACAGCGAUGAUGACCAAUUACCAAGUGGUAGCCCCCAUCACCAUCAUCUCUUCCGUCCCCCAGUCCAAGAAUGGCACAAAAAAAGGAAGAGAAAAGAAAUAGAUGACUGGGUCCAAGUGCAGGUUGCUCGGUUGGAGGCUCAGUUGGAGGAACGGCGGGUGGAGCUGCAACAGAGACUGUGUCAAGGCAAUGAUGAGAGCGACCGGUUUGGACAAACUGUUGCAGAUAUGCUGCGGAGGGUGCCGGAGGACCACAGAGCGCAGGCAAUGUUUCGACGUGUCGAAGGUUCUGUUUGA